AGAGCGCGCGCGAUCCCCUGCACUGUCCACAGAUCAGUACACAGAAGUUUUGCCUACUUUCCUCCCGUUUGGACUUUUCUUUGUUAAGUUAUCCUAAACCCACAGGCCUAAUGAUGGCUUCACAUAUUCUGAACCUUAUAUGGAGGAUGAAAAAUGGACUGAUUCUCUUUUGCACCCCAUUCCUUCUCCUUCCUUUGCCACUUGUCAUUGGAACAAAGGAGGCUGGAUGUGCCUAUGUAGUUGCACUGAUGGCAGUGUACUGGUGUACAGAGGUGCUUCCACUGGCUAUCACUGCUCUCCUGCCUGCUGUGCUCUUUCCGCUCUUCAGAAUCAUGGAGUCCAAAGAUGUAUGUAUGCAGUACCUAAAGGACACCAACAUGCUGUUUCUAGGUGGGCUGAUGGUGGCUGUAGCUGUUGAACACUGGAACCUACACAAGAGAAUCGCACUCCGGGUGUUGCUCAUCGUGGGCGUACGACCAGCUCUGCUGAUGCUGGGCUUCAUGGGAGUAACGGCCUUCCUCUCCAUGUGGAUCAGUAACACGGCCACAACAGCCAUGAUGGUGCCUAUCGUUCAAGCUGUGCUCGAGCAGCUCAACAGCACAGCAGAACAAGAGCAGACCUCCAUUCCAGAGAAUGAAGAGAAAAAUACUGAGAAACCAAAUGAAACCCAGGUGGUUCUGAAUGGCCACAGCUUCUCAAUUGAAUCCGACCCAGAAGAGCAUUCUCGAGACGCAGAAGAAAAACUAAAGAUGUGUAAAGGCCUGACGCUAUGUGUGUGCUACGCAGCCAGCAUUGGUGGGACAGCCACGCUCACAGGCACUGGACCAAACCUCGUUCUUAUGGGACAGAUGAACCAACUAUUCCCAGACAACCCUGACAUCAUAAACUUUGCAUCAUGGUUUGGAUUUGCCUUCCCCAACAUGAUCAUCAUGCUCAUACUGGCCUGGCUGUGGCUACAGAUUGUAUUUCUGGGUUUAAACUUCAGAAAGACAUGGGGCUGUGGGACGGUGAAGACAGAGAAGGAGAUUGCUGCCUAUAAUGUAAUCAAAGAGGAGCACCGGAGUCUUGGGCCCAUGACCUUUGGGGAGCUGAGUGUCCUUGCCCUCUUCAUCCUCCUGGUGGUGCUUUGGUUCACUCGUGAGCCAGGCUUUGUGGCUGGCUGGGCAACAAACUUUUUCAAUGCUGAAAAAGAGUUUGUGACAGAUGCCACAGUGGCGGUGUUUGUAGCUGCCCUGCUUUUUGUUUUCCCCUCUAAACCUCCGCGUUUGUGCUUCUGGAGAGCACAGAGCUUUGACACAGUGCCCCAGCAAGACAGUGGCCCGACUCCAGCUUUGCUGACAUGGAAUGUGGCACAGAAGAAGAUGCCCUGGAGCAUCAUCCUGCUGCUGGGAGGAGGCUUUGCCCUGGCUAAGGGCAGUGAGGUCUCAGGGCUGUCAAAAUGGCUUGGAGAUCAGUUGUCGCCUCUUCAGAGUAUUCCUCCCUGGGCGAUUGCCAUUGUCGUGUGUCUGAUGAUAGCUACCUUCACUGAAUGCACCAGCAAUGUUGCCACAGCAACAUUAUUUCUGCCUAUACUCGCAUCUAUGUCCCAGUCUAUACAUAUCAACCCUCUGUAUGUCAUGAUCCCCUGCACCCUCAGUGCAUCUUUUGCCUUCAUGCUGCCAGUGGCCACCCCUCCAAACGCCAUAGUCUUCUCAUACGGAUACCUGAAAGUGUCUGACAUGGCCAGGACAGGGAUUGUCAUGAAUAUCAUCGGCAUCCUCUCCAUUACCUUAGCCAUAAACAGCUGGGGCAGAGCUAUCUUCAGUUUAGACACCUUUCCCAGCUGGGCAAACACUACAGAUGUGUGAGAGACUGAGCCACUCCUUCUGUCUGCUGUCAAACUGCACCAUUCAGCACUAUUCUCACCAUGUUUCCAACGGAGGAGGCCAGGCAGGGUCCGAGCCAGUGGCUGGUUUCACUGGAGAUGAUAGUGUGUGUCAUCACUUGUGCUGUGACUGUGCAGUUCAGUUGUUGUUUUUUAAUAUAAAUUUGUAUAAAUUCAUAAUGAAAUCAUAUAAUAAAGUUGCUUGAAAAGCAGCUUCAAUAGAAUAUGUGGAAAGCCAAAAGGCUAGAAUCAUAUAAAUACCAUGUGGAUUUUUAAACACAGAUAUCUAAACAGUGGACAACUGUGUACACAU